UACCGCCAGUAGUAGAUGCGUUUUAGUCGAGCGUGGUGGACGUACGUACGUGAGUGAUAGUGACAAAACUAUUUAAUAUUUAUGUGUAACUAUCGAGGCGAGGACGCAAUCAUAAUUGUUGUAAAUGAGUGUGUUCGAUUUGAAACGAACAAACGCGUUCGAAAGUGAGGACUCAUUGGGAUCACCGAGGCCCCUGACGGGCAUGGCCGCAACCACGUACAUACCAGUAAGCAGUGUAGUUUCGGACAUUGAAGCGAUGAAUAUAGUGGAUCGCGGUUGGACCUCGGCUUCGCCACGCUCUGCCGCUGACGCCAGCGAAAUGAAGUAUUUGCCACAACACCACCAUCAUAACCAUCACAUAGCGAGUUCACCGAGUCCCGGUGGACACGCCGCUAUGUCGCUAUCGGCCGCCAAUCCGUGGGUUAGUUUACAACCAGGAACUGAUCCGUGGGCGGCCAGUAUGGCCGGGAUGCACCAUCAUCCGCACCAUCAAGAUGUGAAACCCCUGAGUCAGGAAAUGAUGCAGCAUCAUCAGAGACAGCAGCAGCAACAAAGUAUGGGAUCGCCCCACGGAUGGCCUGGACCGGUGGCCUCGGCCCAUUAUCACCAAGGCGGUGCCGGAUCACCUUUGCACCAAUAUCAUAGCGUUAUGAAUGGGAUGUUGGCUCAUCACCAAGCUGGGCCUCAAUUGCACCACACUUUACACAGGGAUAUGCAAAGUCCUCAUCAUCCGCAACAUCCUGACAGGGAAGUCAGCGGGGGCGAGGACGAGACGCCUACAAGUGACGACUUGGAGGCUUUCGCCAAACAGUUUAAGCAGAGGAGGAUAAAGUUGGGAUUUACGCAAGCAGACGUUGGAUUAGCUUUAGGGACCUUAUAUGGAAACGUGUUCUCUCAGACGACGAUAUGCAGAUUCGAGGCGCUACAGUUGAGCUUUAAGAACAUGUGCAAAUUGAAGCCUCUGUUGCAAAAGUGGCUCGAGGAGGCGGACUCCACCACCGGCUCGCCGACCUCCAUAGAUAAAAUAGCCGCUCAGGGGCGUAAAAGGAAAAAGCGCACCAGCAUAGAAGUUACCGUCAAGGGAGCCCUGGAGCAGCACUUCCAUAAACAACCGAAACCCUCCGCCCAAGAGAUCACCAGUCUGGCAGACAGUCUACAGCUGGAAAAAGAGGUGGUGCGAGUGUGGUUCUGUAACCGACGGCAAAAAGAGAAGCGGAUGACACCCCCGAACACUCUGGGUGGUGAAAUGAUGGAGGGUAUGCCCCCGGGUCAUAUGCACCCCGGAUACGGACACCAUCCGGAUAUGCACGGAUCACCGAUGGGUCAGCACUCGCACAGUCACAGUCCCCCCAUGUUGAGCCCCCAGGGGAUGGGGGGACACCAGUUAGCGGCCCAUUAGCAUCCAUUCCACUGGGCUUCGCUGAUGCACCAUCCGAACGAGAACGGCUAGUGCUCAGGGCCUUCAGUGGAUAUCUGUAUAAAACUGUAUAUUGGUGUAUAUAAUGACUGUAACAUAGAGACAAGUGUAGCAAAUUGGACGAUUUUUGUAUAUAGUUGUAUAGUAAUAAUGUUGAACGUCUUCACUAAAGUCUCUUAUAGUGAGUUCUGGCGGCUUAAGUGUUUGUUAGAAGUGAUUUAUAGCAGUAGUACUCCGUGCUAAGGACAAAUUCGUUUUCGGGUAAGUCGUUGAUCUUAAUGAACAAACAUUGAUUGGGAUGCUUUAGCUGAAUUUAAAAUAGCAUCUGAUUCUUUGAGGGUCAUACACAGUUAUUAAUUAAAUUAAAAAUGCAGAAAACAAAACGAUAAGGGGCUAUUUUAAAUUCAAAUAAGACUCUUAUUUAGACUCCUUAGCGGAUGAUAUAACUGUUAUAACGUGAGCUUACAACGUUUCCCUUACGUCGCCAAAACAAAUGACGCUACCGUGAUUUGUAUUUUAAAAUGAUAAAUUUAAAUAAAAGGGCCGGCAUGUUAUUAUUGAUAACGUCAAAGGAAACAAUUUAAUUCGUAAGUUUAUAUACUUGGCUAGGUGGAUCCGUUGUGUUCCGGUAUUGUUGGAGAUCUUUUAAUGUUUCUUUAUUCGUCAUUUUAAAAGUGGAUUUUUGCAAUAGUGCAAUAUUUAUAACGGUAAUUUUUUGAUGCAAGAUAAUAGGUGGAAAAUUAAAUUUCGAAUGCAUAACUUUUAUAUGUAUGACCAACAUCUUUUUUUUUAGAAUUUUCUGGGUUAAUCUUUCCAACCAUAACGGAACACAGGGCGUCCAACACCAGAAAUCUAUAUAAAUAAAUUGUCGUACAUAUAUUUAAAAAAAAAAUAUUUUAAGAAACUAAUUGUUUUUCAAUUGUUAUUUUUUUUGAAUAGUGUCAAGUGAAUGCACUGUCCUCUUGAGAAACUUUUAUUUAUAUUGUCUGUAAUAGAUCGGGUUUUUCCAAAGGGUUUGCUAAUAUUUAGCAGGGAUUUAUUAUGUUACUUGGAUAAACCGCAUAUUCUAUAUGUUAAAUGUCAAAAAAAAAAUGUAAAAAGAUCUGAUUAUUUAAUAAGUCACUUAUUAAUUUAUAUAAGAUUGUUUAAAACUGACAUUUUAAGUAAUCAAAUCUUUAUUUUUAUAACAUGUUUUGUUGAUUUUGUUUUAUUAUUAUUAUUAUUAUUAUUAUUAAUAUUAUUUUUGGUGGGCGACGAACAUACACCAUAAGUUUAAUUUUACGAAAAUUUUGAUUUUUAUGAAUUUUAUACAGUUGAUGAAAUAAAUCAAGAGCUGUUGCAUACACUA